AUGUCGCACACACUCUUCACAAAAGCGCCCUCGCUGCGCAAUGUAGCCCAACGCUCAGUGCCGCGUCAAUUCCGCGCCUCCUACCACAGACAAUCAUCCCCAAAGAUGGCAUCCGGCGCAGCACCCAUCCGCACUCUCCUCCGCCAGACAACCCUUCGCGCAAGCGCAAUAGCAGCGCAACGAACAUCCUACCCAGCAACCCAACAGUUCUCAUACCAAACCUACACACAACAGCGCUCGCGAUCACCCUCCCCUCCCCCGCCAUACCAGGCACGCAACACCUCCAUCUUAGCCGCGCCAAACCAAUGGACGCGCUUCCCCACGCCCUACAACACCCUCUCCUCCGUCCGCACAUUUACCUCCACACCACGUGGUAAAUUCGCGUCGGCCACCUCUUCAGCUCCUUCCUCGCUAUCGCCAGAAACGCAACAAGCGGUCGACGAGGCCAUCGAGGAGAUACAAGAGUUGUACGGUACUGCCAAAGACGAAUUCGAAAUUGCGUCCGAGGAGAGUGAGAAGAACACUACGUAUGCGCCCGAUGAUCGGGCAGCGGCGAGAGAGGAGUUGGAUACGUUGCUCGAGUACUACAGGGGCGUUGUUGAAGGUGAGGAUCGGGCGGUUGCGGACGAGGUGAAGAGGAGGGUGGGGCAGAGGGUUAGGGAGUUAGAGCAUGCUGUUUUGGCUAUGGAGGAGGCUGCUAUGCAUGGAGAUUAG